AACAUCAACAAAAAACUUUCCCUCAAUAAAAUGAAAGUCGUAAAAUUAGGAGAUUUGAUUUUUUGCGAGCCGUGAGUACAGCGAAUAUCAUAUUAUGUGCAGUCUAGUUACAUGUACAACACACUUGUAUAUGCGGUGCAAGUUUAUAACCUAUAUGAAAAUGAAUGUAUAUAAAUACUAAUAUGCAUACACCAACACCACUAAACGCUUUUGCCAGAAUGCCAGUGAUGUAACUACAUUUUCGUAAGGAAAACAGUAUGCAGUAACGUGAUUUUAGUAUUGAUUAUAAGAAGUACCAAUUCCUUCACAGUUUUGCGUCUUUUUUUUGUAAAAUAAAAAUGAAAAUAAUAUGUACGGGUUAUUGGAAAACUGGGACCAAGAGCAUGUCAAAAGCUUUGUCUGAUCUUGGUUACAAUGUUUAUGAUUACGCUGAGCAAUUGUUUUUCUUGAAAAGUUUGUGGUACAAAUUUUUUGAUGGAACAAUUACAGAUGAAGACAUUUAUAAUGCUUUUAAAGAUGUGGACGUCAUCAUUGAUGGGCCAGCUAUAGCAUUUUGGGAAGAAAUAUACAGGGUGUUUCCUAAUGCAAAGGUGAUUCACACAAUCAGAGAUGAAGACAAAUGGUGGAAAAGCUUCAAGGGAAUGCAGGAUAAAUUUUAUGGCACUUUCGGGAUAUUUCGAUUUCUGUUUUUUCUCUCACCUACCGGGUAUUAUAUAAUGCAUUUGGGAAGCAAAUUAUUUAAUUAUGCUUACGGCAUUGAGAAUAUGCUGUUAGUAUUGAAAUGGUCAAGCAACGAAAGGUUGUACAAGCUCAAAUACAGAAAACACAAUGCGUAUGUGCUGCAUACUGUACCUGAAAACAAGCGACUAGUGCAUGAACCUUCACAUGGCUGGAAACCUUUAUGUGAGUACUUGGACAUGGAGGUUCCUGAUAAGCCGUAUCCACACCAGAACAAGGAUGCAAGCAUAUUUACCACAGAGCUAAACACCAAUCCACUCUUCUGUAAAAUGUUUCAAGAAUUCAAAAUAUUUCUUUGUAUCGUUGUGGUUGUUCUGGCAGCUGCAGCCCUGUGGUUUUUCAAGUGAAAUCCCCAGGCGUUUCACUGCGUGUAAAUGUAAUCUGCCAUUUCCCUUGGCUAUUAGUAUUAAUUGUGCAGUAUGUUUGCCUUUAUUAUUGAUACGAAUGAAAUUGAUGAUAUUCCGAUUUUAUUAAAAAACUGCAAUCAUGAUGUAAGCCAUAA